AUGCAGUAUGAAUAUGGUGACACUUGUCUACCUUUCUUGUUCUCAACCUUAUGGAGUUAUGAUUGUUCUUAACCUUAUGGAGUUAUGAUCUAACCUCAACUUCUCAUCUCAGUUAUUUGAAGAGGAGGUGAGAGCGACACGGCAUGGCAGCGCAUUUACUCAGUGUCAUAUGUUCAAUGAAACUGAGUUCUGUGAACUUUUUAAUUUCUAUGCCGAAAAGAUAAUUUCACUCUCUCUCUCUCUCUCUCUUUAGUGUAUCGCUUUCUGCAAAAAAUUCAAUUACUGUACCAAUUUCCUCCUCCCAACACCACCACUCUGUGCCCCACAUGAUUUUCUCUAUAUCCCACCCCUUCAAAUUUGCUCUUCUGCGCCCUACUUUCUUAGCAUUUCCAUAUUCCCUCUUUUCUUCUUCUUUUCUUUCCGCCUUUUUUCCAAAUAUAUAUAUACAAAGGAUACAAUAUGAAGGAUUUUGGGUCCUUCUCAGUUUUGGCCAUGGUGAUAGGGAUAGGUUUCGUAUGCCUGGUCUAUUCCACCAAAGAUGGUGCCUUUUCAAGCUCAGGUACGACUUUGACAUGGCAGGGGAAUGACGUGACUGCCACAAUUAAGAACAGGAAGCUGAAGGAUAAUGGCGGACAUGUUCCAAGCCUCGGUGAGAGUGGCGUGGGCAAGGUAAACUUGGAAGAUUACCGACCUAUCGAUCCAGUACCAAAUUCAAAAGCUUCCAUAAAACCUGGACCUAUCCAACAUGGUACUCCCCUCAUGCCUUACAUUCCCGAGCCUCAGCCCUCGCCUGCGCCUCCUCCGAGUCCCUCGAAGCCCGAGGGAUUCCCUUAGACCACACCCUCUGCAUAUCUAUGCUACACCUUGCAAGUCUGAAGAAUCUAGUAACUAUGGUACUUAGUAAGUUAGUUUGCAGAUAAUUUCUGUCCAAUAUUCCUACCUUUGUUUUGACUAUGUAAGCUUCUUAAGGACUACAAUGUUUGAUCAACUCAUGCUAUGAUGGUAGACAAAGGAAUAGAUUCCACAAGACCAUAUCUCAGUAUCUCACUGGAUGAGACUAAUCUAGUUGAAUUUUAGUCGGUCCAAUUCAGGAACAA